GUGCGUUCGUGUGGGUGACGGAGACAAGCGAGAGACGAACUGCGCCCUCUCCCUCCAUCUUCCUCUUCGGCAGUAAGCACUAAAAGCUGCGUGGAGCCCUGACCCGGGGAGAUGGGUAACCACAGAACACUCGGGACCAGAGAAUGGGCGUGGGUGUGUGUGGGCGUGUUUCUCUUCCUCCUAGCCACCGCAGCUGCUCAACUCGAUAACGAAAAUUCUAUAUUAGGUGUGUAUAUGGAGUCAGGUAUGGUCCAGGGGCGUCGCAUCCCUACACAGGAGCUCGUCGAACAGGUGGUGACGGAGAGCUCGGGCGCCAUGACGCAGGGGUCGCUGACGGUGCAGUUCCUCACCUCCAUGAACGACUCUAUGCCUGAAGAGAUGACGGGGGUGAUGACGCUCGCCUCCUGCUCCAACACUCACAUGUGGGCCCCUGGGCUGGCGGAGAUGGGCAAGAUGCAUAUAGCUCUUACUGAGAAAGGCAUUGAGCCUGACCCAGAGAAUGUAAAAGCAGUAACAGACUGUAAACCACCAACUAUUGUCAAAACUCACUCAGAUGAAUGUCAGAAAGCUUUUGAAAUGUUAAAGCAGGCAUGA